AUGACGCAAGAUUCUCCGUUUGAGGCCAGGAAAAUGCCGUUUGCUUUUAAAAAGAAGGGCAAGAGACGCGAAGUUCCUAUGGAUAUAAUAUUGCGUGCCAUUGAAGAAGUAUCAAAAGGUAGUAAAAUAAAAACUACUGCCAAUAAAUAUAAUAUCCCGAGAUCAAACCUACAACGCUACCUUAAACAGGAAUUUGUAAAGGAUAAUGCAUCCAGAUUUGUAUCCUCACAAAUUUUUACCACAGAAGAAGAAGAAAAGUUGGUGGACUAUAUGAUGGUAUCGUCAAAACUUCACUAUGGGUUGACAAAACUGCAAGCUCGUAAAUUGGCUUAUGACUAUGCUGUAGCAACAAAGAAGACGAACAUACCAGAUAAUUGGAUCAAGAAUGAAAUUGCAUCCAAAGACUGGAUACGAGGAUUUCUCAGGCGGCAAUCUCAGUUAUCUAUACGAACAACAGAAGCUACCAGCUUAUCUCGAGCUACAAGUUUUAAUAAAACAAACGUGGGAGAUUUUUUCACAAAUCUCAGAGCAGUUUAUGAGCGUCAUCAAUUUGGCCCUGAAUCGAUUUACAACAUAGAUGAGACUGGGUUGACAACUGUUCAGCGAACUCGAAGAGUGAUUGCUCCUAAAGGCACAAAACAAGUUGGACAAGCAACAUCUGCAGAAAGGGGCUCACUCGUCACGGUGUGCUGUGGAGUUAAUGCUCUAGGCAACUUUGUACCCCCUUAUUUUAUAUUUCCAAGAGUACACUUUAAAUCUUAUAUGCUUCAUGAUGCCCCCAUUGGCUCAGAUGGAUCAACGCAUCCAUCUGGAUGGAUGACAUCUUCAAAUUUCAUUAAAUAUAUGCACCAUUUUGCAAAACACGUCAAACCGUCACCUACCUCGCCAGUGUUGCUGCUACUAGAUAACCAUGAGAGUCAUAUUUCAGUGGAAGUCCUCAAUUUCUGCAAAGAUGUCGGCAUUAUUUUAAUGACUUUUCCACCUCACUGCAGCCACAAACUGCAACCUUUAGAUUUGACAGUGUAUGGACCUUUGAAAAAUUAUUAUAAUAAUGCCUUAACAGACUGGAUGGUGUGUAAUGCAGGCAAAACUGUAACAAUUUACGAUGUACCAAAACUAGCAGCUCUUGCUAUACCACAAGCUUUUAAGCAACAAAGUAUUCAAAAGGGGUUUGAAAAAUCUGGCAUAUGGCCUUUUAACUCAAAUAUUUUCACAGAUGAUGAUUUCCUCUGCUCUUCUAUCACCGAUCGCUAUUUGCCUGGUACAGAAAAUAUUUCAACAAUUCAAUCAACACCAAAUAGAGUCCCCUCAGAACUGUCAACAGGAGAUAUUCAAAGUGGAUCAGAUUCUGAAAAUUUAAACAUCAUGGUUGUAUCUAGUCCUUCCCAACUGGAAUCAUUCACUAGAGAGCACAUUGAAGAAGUCGCCGAAACUAUAACUCCUGAAUCUGUGAGACCUUAUCCGAAGGCUGGCCCUAGACUUAGCAGCAUAAAAAGGAAGAAAGGUAAAACUAGGAUAUUAACAGAUACACCCGAAAAAAGAUUGAUAGAAAUAGCAGAACAAGAGAAACAAAGAAAAAAUAAGGCCAAAGAAGAAAGACAAUUUAAAAAGAAUCUGAAGAAUACAGAAAAGAAAAAAAUUCCUAAAUUGCCAGUAGAGUUGACAUCGAAAAGAGUGGUAGAAAAAGAAAUGAUAAGCAGUGAUAGUGACAUGGAAAAUGUUUUUAUUGCAACCAGUUCUGAAGGUUCAUUUGUAAUCGAAACGUCAGAAGAAGAGCUUGACGAAGAUGAUAUAGAUUCUAGGUUAUCUAAAGAUGUGGAGAAUUUAAUAACUAAUCCAGCCCCUCUCGACCAGUGGGACAACUGGAUUAGGGUUGAAAUGAUUAAGCGGUUUUCGACGACUUCCCCAGAAGGGGAAGAGCUCGGUGAUAGGAAACCAAGCGUGUGUCUUAGACACUUGCGCUCCCUGUCUGGCAACCUAACUGACGAGGCCAUUUUAAGAGAACUAUUUCUCCAGAGACUUCCCAGGCAAUUUUGA